CUGAAUAACAAUCAACUCUUUCAUGCUUUUAACCGCAAAAAGGUUGACCAUCGACCAAAGUUUCAAGGCAAGAACAAGGGGAUUCCGGGGGAAAGAAGAAGAAGAAGAAGAAGAAGCGAUUGCAGAAGACAAUGAUUCGAUAUAAAGAGGAAAAAGAAGCAAAGAAGGAAGCUUUUAGAAAGUAUCUGGAGUCCAGUGGUGUUCUUGAUGCUCUCACCAAAGUUUUGGUUGCAUUGUAUGAACAGAAUGAGAAGCCUUCCUCAGCCCUUGAGUUUGUGCAACAAAAAUUAGGAGGUCCAACUGCAUCUGAAUAUGAAAAACUACAAGCUGAGAUAUCAGAUUUGCAGACAAAGUAUAAUGAGCUUUUGGCCAAGCAUCAGCAUACAUGCAAAGAGUUACAGGAACUCAAGAAUCCGGACUCUUCGCCGUCGUCUGCGAAAGAGACGGUGGAUGGAGAGCCUUUGAAGGCUGAGGUCUGAGCUUAAGAACCAGUUCUUCAUGGUGUUGUGCGCUUUACAUGUUAUAGUAUAUGUACAAAGUUUAACCACUUAUUGACUAUAUAAUCCAUUUCUUUUGUUAUUGUGGAUGAAAUAUUUGUACAUUUCAACAUGGAUAUUAUUGAUAU